AUGUAUGUCAAUUCAGCAUGUCUCCCAAAUACUCACAGCUCUUGUGAACCAUGCGGUCAGUGUGCUGGUGGUGUUCCUUGUGACAAGAUCUCAGGGCUCUGCUCAGUUGGAUGCCAAGAAGGCUGGAGUGGGUCUCUGUGUAAAACACCGUGCACACCUGGAACACACGGCGCAGGAUGUCUAUCACUUUGCUCCCACUGCAAAACAGGAAGUGUGUGUCAUCGGGUGACUGGUCGAUGCCCGGAAGGUUGUCAACAGGGAUGGAGGGGAGCUAAAUGUGACGAGGCUUGUAUUCCUGGCACACACGGAGCAGGAUGUCUAUCACUUUGCUCCCACUGCAAAACAGGAAGUGUGUGUCAUCAGGUGACUGGUCAAUGUCCGGAAGGUUGUCAACAGGGAUGGAGGGGAGCUAAAUGUGACGAGGCUUGUAUUCCUGGCACACACGGAGCAGGAUGUCUAUCACUUUGCUCCAACUGCAAAACAGGAAGUGUGUGUCAUCAGGUGACUGGUCAAUGUCCGGAAGGUUGUCAACAGGGAUGGAGGGGAGCUAAAUGUGACGAGGCUUGUAUUCCUGGCACACACGGAGCAGGAUGUCUAUCACUUUGCUCCCACUGCAAAACAGGAAGUGUGUGUCAUCAGGUGACUGGUCAAUGUCCGGAAGGUUGUCAACAGGGAUGGAGGGGAGCUAAAUGUGACGAGGCUUGUAUUCCUGGCACACACGGAGCAGGAUGUCUAUCACUUUGCUCCCACUGCAAAACAGGAAGUGUGUGUCAUCAGUUGACUGGUCAAUGUCCGGAAGGUUGUCAACAGGGAUGGAGAUGCGCUAAAUGUGACGAGGAUGAAGGUGAAACCGGGGCUGAGACAAACAACACAUCUCUUCUAAUUGGAGUUAUUGGAGCGUCAGCUGGGGUUGUUGUCCUACUUGUCAUCAUCGCCAUAAUUGUUGCCGCAGUCGUACUUUCCAGGCGAAAGCGACGUACUCGACAGCAGAGCAUCGAUCAAUACGACACAGCCGAUAUGGCCAGGCGGCCGAAGAUCUUCCGCGCGGCCACAGACCAUUGCCCUGCCUACUAAAGCACUAUGGGACAAAUCCCUGCUCCACCCUCCCGUGCUUAUCCUUCCCAAGCUGAUGAGUGCAUUCAAAUGCGGUACAUGAGUAACCCCACUGAACAGUCAACUGAGGAGCACGAUGACCAUUUGUAUG